CCCAGUUGGACGCAUAGAACUUGCCAGGCAUCCUUUGCAGCCACUGGCAGCACUCCAUGUGGGGUCUGGGGUGUGUCUUCUGCAGCUUUCCCUAUUUGAAAGUGUCUCAGAAAACUCUGCUCUCUUAGAUGCUACUAGUUUUAGUUCUUGUCUGCUGGCAUCUGGUGCUUGAGUCUGAUUGAUUUGGUCUGUUGUAAGUAAGGGACAUAGGGUGAGAAUGCUGGCUUUUUAUUUUUUUGGUUUAUUUGAGACAAGAUGUUGCAUUGUUGCCCAGGCUGGCUUCAGACUUUAAACAGUACUCCUGCCUCAGCCUCCUGAGUGCUCUAUGACAGGGGUGCGCCCCCAGGCUCAGCUGCAGCAUCCCUGAGAGGACAAGUAAGUCAGUCUGCUUCUGUCCUGGGUAGGAGACCUUAAAGUUUGGUUUCUGUGUGCUUCAGUGCUGGGCUCCUGCUUGCUGCAAGAAGUGGUGUUGUAAGUGGAUUACUCUUUUGCUAGCUAUUGUUUUACCUCCAGCCUGUAGUGCUGACAGUUGUGUAUUCCUGCCCUACCUCCCUGCCUUGUUGUACCAGGUCCAGAUAAGGACUUAAUCUUCCUGAAUUGUAUCCGUUUAGAUUCAGCUCCUGUUGCCUCAUGGAUUGCUGAGGUUGGGGUUUGGUCCACAGUGCUUUUAGCAGGUCCAAGAAAGGGAUGUGGGAGGCCCAAGAGGAUGGGAAGGAGAAGAUAGGGAAAGAGAACAUGUUGCUGGCUAGUGGCUGGAAUGUCCCUGUGGAGAUUUCUGCUGAUAGUACUCUUUAUGCGUGGGGCGUCCAGCUCUUUGUAUUUAGGGCUGCUUCCAGUGGCCUCUUUAAGAUCAUAGAAAAAUGUAUCAUUUCUCUCACUCUUUGACCCAGCUGAGGUCCUUAUUAGGAAGGGAGGCUUUCUUUUUCUCGGACUGGGUUGCAGAUCUCUAACCCAAUUGGAAAGGCUGAGGUUGCUGCUGUGACCUCUCAGCCACAGGCUACACUGCAGCUCCCAGCAGUGCUCUCCUCCCCUGGAGAAGCAGGGAACUUUGCCCCAGCACUGGAUCAACUGCUGCUUGCCUGGGUGGAGUCUGCUGCCUUUGUUUGUUCUCGGUGGGGCCUGCUCAGGACUCAGCACUGUGCUGCGGGGAAGAGUCCGAAGGACUCUGAGAGUGGCAGGACUGGGUGAUAGCCGGUUGACAGAGGCUAUGACCCUUGUAGUUCCGGUAGAACUGUUACAUGACUGAGUGCAGUGUGAAGUGAGGGGCCUCCCCCUCUUCCUCUUCCUCUGGGCCACCUUCCUCUUUACCCUGCUUUGCGGCGGCUCCGCCCCUUACCUUCAUGGACGACUCAGAGGUGGAGUCGACCGCCAGCAUCUUGGCCUCUGUGAAGGAGCAGGAGGCCCAGUUUGAGAAGCUGACCCGGGCGCUGGAGGAGGAGCGGCGCCACGUCUCGGCGCAGCUGGAGCGCGUCCGGGUCUCACCACAGGAUGCCAACUCUCUACUGGCCAACGGCACCCUCACCCGCCGGCACCAGAAUGGCCGGUUUGGGGGCGAUGCUGACCUUGAGAGACAGAAACUGUCAGAUCUGAAGCUCAGUGGACCCCAGGAUCACAGUCACCUUCUGUACAGCACCAUCCCCAGGAUGCAGGAGCCAGGGCAGAUCGUGGAGACCUACACGGAGGAGGACCCUGAGGGAGCCAUGUCAGUGGUCUCCGUGGAGACCUCGGAUGACGGGACCACACGCCGCACAGAGACCACAGUGAAGAAAGUUGUAAAGACAGUGACAACGCGGACGGUCCAGCCACUCCCUGUGGGGCCUGAUGGGCUGCCAGUGGAUGCUGCUUCGGUUUCUAACAACUACAUCCAGACUCUGGGCCGAGACUUCCGGAAGAAUGGCAAUGGGGGCCCGGCUCCCUACGUGGGACAGGCGGGCACUGCUACCCUCCCUCGGAACUUCCACUACCCUCCUGACGGCUAUGGCCGCCACUACGAAGAUGGCUACCCGGCUGGCCCUGAUGGCUAUGGCAGCCUGUCCCGGGUGACCCGCAUUGAGGAGCGCUACCGGCCUAGCAUGGAGGGCUACCGGGCGCCCAGUCGGCAGGAUGUGUAUGGGCCCCAGCCCCAGGUGAGGGUGGGUGGGAGCAGCAUGGACCUGCACCGCUUCCACCCUGAGCCCUAUGGGUUGGAGGAUGACCAGCGCAGUGCGGGCUACGAGGACCUGGACUACGGCAUGAUGUCGGACUACGGCACGGCCCGACGUGCGGGCACGCCCUCUGACCCCCGCCGCCGCCUCAGGAGCUAUGAAGACAUGAUUGGUGAGGAGGUGCCACCAGAUCAGUACUACUGGGCUCCUCUGGCCCAGCAUGAGCGAGGGAGCCUGGCGAGCUUGGACAGUCUGCGCAAGGGAGGCCCGCCGCCCCCGAACUGGAGACAGCCCGAGCUGCCUGAGGUGAUCGCCAUGCUGGGCUUCCGCCUGGACGCUGUCAAGUCCAAUGCAGCAGCGUACCUGCAGCACCUGUGCUACCGCAAUGACAAGGUGAAGACUGACGUGCGGAAGCUCAAGGGCAUCCCUGUCCUGGUGGGCUUGUUAGACCACCCAAAAAAGGAGGUGCACCUUGGAGCCUGUGGUGCCCUCAAGAAUAUCUCUUUUGGACGGGACCAAGAUAACAAGAUUGCCAUAAAAAACUGUGACGGUGUCCCUGCCCUUGUGCGGUUGCUGCGAAAAGCUAGAGACAUGGACCUUACCGAAGUCAUCACUGGAACACUGUGGAACCUCUCAUCCCAUGACUCCAUCAAGAUGGAGAUUGUGGACCACGCGCUGCAUGCCCUGACAGAUGAGGUGAUCAUCCCACACUCCGGCUGGGAGAGGGAGCCGAGUGAGGACUGCAAGCCUCGCCACAUUGAGUGGGAGUCGGUGCUCACCAACACCGCUGGCUGCCUGAGGAAUGUGAGCUCAGAGAGGAGCGAAGCCCGCCGGAAGCUUCGGGAGUGUGAUGGUCUGGUUGAUGCCCUCAUUUUCAUUGUUCAGGCUGAGAUUGGGCAGAAGGAUUCAGACAGCAAGCUCGUGGAGAACUGCGUCUGCCUGCUGCGGAACUUAUCCUACCAAGUUCACCGGGAGAUCCCGCAGGCAGAGCGCUAUCAGGAGGCCCCACCUGCUGUCGCCAACAAUGCUGGGCCCCAGGCUGCCAGCUGCUUUGGUGCCAAGAAGGGCAAAGAUGAGUGGUUCUCCAGAGGGAAGAAACCUAUAGAGGAUCCAGCAAAUGACACAGUGGACUUCCCUAAAAGAACCAGUCCUGCUCGAGGCUACGAGCUGCUGUUCCAGCCAGAGGUGGUCCGGAUAUACAUCUCACUCCUCAAGGAAAGCAAGACGCCUGCCAUCCUGGAGGCCUCUGCCGGAGCCAUUCAGAACCUGUGCGCUGGGCGCUGGACAUAUGGCCGGUACAUCCGCUCUGCCUUGCGGCAAGAGAAGGCGCUCUCAGCCAUUGCAGACCUCCUGACCAACGAGCACGAGCGUGUGGUGAAGGCGGCCUCAGGAGCGCUGAGGAACCUGGCUGUGGACGCUCGCAACAAAGAGCUCAUAGGUAAGCAUGCUAUCCCUAACUUGGUGAAGAAUCUGCCAGGAGGCCAGCAAAACUCCUCCUGGAACUUCUCUGAGGACACUGUUGUCUCUAUCUUGAACACCAUCAAUGAAGUUAUUGCCGAGAACUUGGAGGCUGCCAAAAAGCUUCGAGAGACACAGGGCAUUGAGAAGCUGGUGCUAAUCAACAAGUCAGGGAACCGCUCGGAAAAAGAAGUCCGAGCAGCAGCUCUGGUGUUGCAGACAAUCUGGGGGUACAAGGAACUGAGGAAGCCCCUGGAGAAGGAAGGGUGGAAAAAGUCAGACUUUCAGGUGAAUCUGAACAGCGCCACUCGAAGCCAGAGCAGUCACUCCUACGAUGACACCACGCUACCACUCAUCGACCGCAACCAAAAGCUAGAUAAGAAACCCGACCGGGAAGAGAUUCAGAUGAGCAGCAUGGGAUCAAACACAAAGUCGUUAGAUAACAACUAUUCCACACUGAAUGAGAGAGACCACAGCAGAACACUGGAUCGAAGUGGGGACUUGGGUGACAUGGAGCCGCUGAAGGGAACGCCCUUAAUGCAGGACGAGGGGCAGGAGUCUCUGGAGGACGAGUUGGAUGUGUUGGUUUUGGAUGAUGAGGGGGACCAGGUGUCAUACCCCUCCACGCAGAAGAUUUAGCACCACUAUCUCCGCUCCAUCUGAGCUUAUAAUAUAUGUACUUUUAUUUUUGGUGGUGAAAUGAACUGAUCUUUUCCUUUCUUCGCUGGACUAUUGUGCCAACUGCCAGGCUGCCUCCUGCCCUUCGAGCCCAGGCUGCCUUCAUUCCAUCACCUCCCAGCACCUCACGGUGACUCGGGAUUGUCCCACCCAUUCCCAACCCCACUUGGCCCCUCCAGUUCCUGCCUGCAAGAAACCUGACUGCUGAGUGCAAAUCUGGAGAGACUGCUGCAGAUGAGCUCUCCUGGCUGGCUCUCUUGGGCCUCGGCCUUAUGUGGAGGGAGGGAGGGGAACCUUCACUGGAAGCCGAGGAGUGUGGGAAGCUCCGUGCUGUAUAUGCAAUGUCCAGCGAUCUGCUACACUGAUGAUUCUUAAUCAAAAUUACAUUUCCUGGUGGGGAAGGGACCUUUUAUUUUCUUUUGGAGAAUGGGAAGUGAAUUCUUCCUUAUUCCAGCGGCUAUUUUGGAGCAAGAAGGCUGACGACACGGCACAUUCCUCCUUGGCAGGGCCCUUGAGUCACAGAACGUCUUCUCGCACUCUUGCUGUCCUCAUCUCCAAGGCAGGGACCACAAGGGCCUCUGGACCCCAUCUCGUCGAUGAGCCUCAUGCCAACCUAGGCCGCAGCCUCCGGCCCUCAGUGAGGCUGUCUGGCCUUCUGCACUCUGCGGUGGGUCUGCUGGCCGCCUGCCUGCAGGAGGCUAUGUGAAGAGGAGACUCUUGAAGAGGCUGGUGGAGGAGGAGUGGAAUGUCUUUUGGGAAGAAGAAUCACCUCUGGGAGGAGCUGGAAGGGAGGUACAUGAAGUGGUCAGUUUGAAACCGGCAGGAGGCCUCAGAGUGGCUUCCCUGCCCAGUUUCUCCUCCUCCUGCCCUCGCGAGCCCGUCCUCCCUGCCUCUCCUCCCUGGACUGGUUGGCACCUGCAGGACUCAGUGUACAUAACUGCUGCCCCUUCCUUACAAGGUGGUGAUCACCCGGCUUUGCCUCCUCUCUGUGCCUUUGGCCUGGGUGUGUCUCCCCCCUCCACGUGCCUUUCUUUGCCUCUGCCAUCUCAUGCUCAUGGUCUCGCACGUUGAAGUAUCUCAUUGCGUCCUUGCCCACUGGUGGCCCUCAGUAGUAGGAAGGACAGGAGAGGGACUGGAGAGCCUCAGGUACUCUCCUGGGGCCUGACAUGGCUCUGUUCCUGCUUUGGAGUGCUCUUCCUGACCGCGUGGGGUGGGGUUUGUGACAGUCCCAUUCCAAUGGGUCUCACAGGGAGGCUGGUAGAAGAGGGAGCAGUGUGGCCCAUGUUCCUGAGCUGCCCAGCAUUUGCUGUCACUGGGGACGGGGUUCUGGACACGGCCCCUACCCCAGGCCCCCUGUUGCUCUUGUGUGUCAGCAGGGUGGCUAUAGGAACCGGAUGCCAUGUGGGUUGGAUUAUUUUUCUUUAAACCAUUUUCCUUGUUUGCCUUCUGCUCCCUUUAAUCCAAGAACUCUGUUCAGUGCAACUGGAAUUCUUCCUCCCACUUCCCCUUCCCUGCAUAUCGAGGCUGUGGGGAAGAGAAGUGCACAGUCCGGCAGCUCCUUCCCAGGCCUCGCAACUCCUAAUUUACCUGCCCUGCCACCUCUCCCCCCUGCUCUCCACCCUUUUCUGGCCAAAAAGAGCCUCUCACUGUCGGGGCCCUCAGCUCCCUGCACAGGGGACCCUGCCCACUCGGGCCUGGCUCUGCCAGGCUCCUCUUGUCCUCUUUUGCUCUUCCUGGUGCUCUUUCUCGGUGGAGUGUGGGUAAUAGAAUAGCCAUGGGCUUCGGGGGACCUGUAACUGUUUCUGUUUUCCCAUUUUCAUUUAUAAACACUCUAGACAUUCAGCUCCAGAGAACCAAAAAUCCCACCUACCCACCGAACACUACUUGGGGCACAUCUUAUGCCCCACCCAUUUGCUCUCUCUUUUUCUCUCGUUAAUGCUUUUAAAAACAAAUUGAGUUUUUAUAUAAAUAAAGUUUUUAAAGUGUG